UAAGCUAAGCGUAGUUUGUUAUAAGAUUUUGACGCGUACAGCUUUUAGGGAGAAUUUCAAAGUAUCAUCAUUUCCAUUCAUAACAGAGUAUAGUGCAAACCUCCGUGAUAAGCCCCAGCGAACGACGACAGUUCGAGUUACAGCUGAUAAGUGACACGCUGGUCCGUUGACUGUGAUAACCGAUCGACGAUCGAAAGUGUAUUCGUACCCAAAUUAAUAAUCUUCUGGAAUAUUCAGCCGGUCAUGAGGAACCUUCUGAUCAAUCAGAUACUGGAAGAUGGCUACGCCGUCCUCGAUGACUUCCUCACUCCGGAAGAGGUCACCGAACUGCUCGAGGCAGGUCAGAACCUCCACAAAGACGCCCCGAAGGAGGAACGCAAAGUAUUUAGCACCGUUAACGCCACAUCAACCCAAAGCAAGGAUCGCUACUUCCUCGAGAGCGGUGACAAAGUUCGAUACUUUUUCGAGGAGGGUGCCAUCGGUGAGAACGGUGAACUCCAGGUGGACCCGUCGGUUGCGCUGAACAAAGUGGGUCAUGCGCUGCACAUCGAUCAUCCAACCUUUUCCGCGAUCACCUGCUCUAACCGGGUGAAGGAGGUGUGCUGGCAGCUGGGAUUCCAGAAGCCAGCCGUCGCUCAGAGUAUGUACAUUUUCAAAAAUCCCGGCGUCGGUGGAGAGGUUAAAUCGCAUCAGGAUGCGACCUAUUUGUACACUGAGCCAACUUCAACGAUCGGAUUCUGGAUACCGCUGGAGGAUGCGACACUUCAGAAUGGUUGCCUGCAUUUCAUCAAAGGCUCCCACCGAAGUGGGGUCCAUAGGAGAUACAUUCGCAAUCCGGAUGAAUCCUCGGACGAACUGCUGAUCUACGACCGGCCAGCCCCUCUGUAUCCGCAGUCAAAUUUCACAGCAGUGCCGGUGUCGGCGGGCUCUCUGGUACUCAUCCACAGCCAGGCGGUGCACCGAAGCGAUGCCAAUCGCUCGGAUCGCAGUCGACACGCGUACACCUUCCACGUGAUCGAGACCGAGAACUGUGAGUACGCCAAGGACAACUGGCUGCAGCCACCCGAGGAUAGACCAUUUCCGGUGUUAUACGAAAGAGACUGAAGCGUGUAGUAUAAGGCAAAUGUCGUGCGUGAGCGGACUCGGGUCGGAAGAGGAGGAGAGCAAAAAAAUGUGCCAUAGUUGAUGAUUAUUUUUACAUUUUUCCCCAUGUAUUUUAAUAUGCAAAUAUAUGUAUCUCUAUCAA